CCCAAGACGUCACCGAGCGUUAUGUUUCUAUGGUUACACACCCCCCAUUAGCUGGAGCUAGUACUAGUUUUACUUUAUUUCUUCGUUUGGGUUGAAUACAGGAGACCAAACCGUUAUUGACACUGUAUGUUUCAAUAAUGAGCUAGCUAAGCAUGAAAUAGAAACCCUGAUUUGAAUCCUUGUUGCAAAUUUGGAAGAAUAUAUAUGAGAACUGGAAAAGUUCUUGCUUCCACCAGAGAAAGAUGAGGACCAUAACUUCCUCGGGUGGCAAAGUUGAGACUGUGACUGUGAGGAGAACAGAGUCAUCGGAUGCACAUGCGAUCAAUAGCCUGAUCAGUCCUGCCACAGUAGCAGUAUUUGGAAGAGUAAAUGUCAUUCAUCUACUAGAGAAGGCCAAUCUGGCAGUGACCCUGAGCAAUGCGAAGAAUGAGGUCUUGGCCCAUGCUGCCUUCUCUGAUCACCCCAUUGGAGACAUUGUGGAUCAAGCUUGUUGGGAACCAUUCCUGCAUGACAAUUACAGUGCUGAAAAAUACACGCCUCUGAACACACUUUUCCUGCACCUCUUCGUGGCACAGCCGAUCUUCUCCAUCGGGAGUGCCAAAGAGAUUGUAAGAACUGUGUUCAAUGCUAUCACAGAGCUGCAAUACAUCUGCUUGGUCACCCCAACUAGUCGAUGUCUAGAGCGUGCACUGGUAACGAUCUUUGAGCCCAUGAAGAGUCUGAAGGAUCCAGGGCCCCAGUGUUCAGCAUUUGUGUGCCACAGACACAACUAUUGCCCAAGGCUGCAUGUCCGCCGAGCCAGGGUGGAGGAUCAUGAUGACCUCACACACAUCUUUGCGGAGCAGUCAAAGGCCCUCACAGGAUCCUAUGGGACUUACUUUCUGGCUGAACUCAUUGAGGCUCAGGACGACGAAAAUCAUGCAGCUGUUUGUGAGAAUGAGGGAACUGCUGUGGGUUUCAUCAGUGUGAGUGGUGACAUCAACUUGAAGCUGCUCAACGAGUGCUUUGAGCUUGGGCCCUUCAACGGUCUGUAUAAGCCCAGUCCAGAGGACCUGACUGAGACUGCCCCUGAGCCAGAGGGAGAGGGGACUCCAGGGGACACCAACACCAUCAGCCCACAGGAUAGCACUGGAGAGGUAUCAUCACAGGACGUGGACCAGACAAAGGAUUUUGAUCAAGGUGGCGUUACAGAAAUACCCAGUGAAGUAUCAGAGCCAGGGGACAGCCAGGCUUGUGCAGCAGAGCCUCAGGGUUCAGAAGUGACUCUGGAACCAAGAGUCUCAGUAACACCCAAUGCAUUCUGUAUUCAAUUAUUCGUCAUCUACAAGAAUUUUGAAAUGAGAUCGGUGGACUUCCUGCCCAAUAUAUUUAAACUUUUCCCUGACCGUGAUUUCUGCAUCAUCUCUGUGCCCAAGCUGGCCCCUGAGUUUCCCCUCCUCCAGAGCUUCCUCAGGGUAGUACCACACCACACCAGCAGCCUGCCGCAGGAGCUCUACAUCUUCCACCGCUCUGGCCUGCUCAAGACAUUUGUGGUGAGUCUGGCAGUGUCUGCAGACAGGCCUGCAGUCUGUGACAUGGUGAAGAAACUCAGGCUGCAUGAGAGCCUGCUGGAGGACCUGGACAUGUUCUACCAGGCCCAUAGAGACAUGGAUGGAACACCCUUGCAGGCAUUUGUAGCCCAAGUUCAGAACCAACUAGUUGGGAUUGUAAUCAUCAGAAAUGAGGAGGAUAUAGAUUACAUCCGAGCCAACUACAACAUUGAGAACUUCAUCUACUUCAGCCACCACCGCUAUGAGGAGCACGGCCAGCUGUGUCACUUUGCCCUCAACCCCAUCUUCCAGCACUACGCCAAACACUUCCUAAAGGAGGUCCUGCGGCUGGCACACAAAUCCUGCCUCUACUACCCAAUCUACCCCUCCUACCACAACCAGAAGAACUCAUGUGCCCAUUACCUGACCUCUGUUCUUAACUGCAUGGUUCCGGUGCACCCGCGACGCCAGAUUGUAUACCCUCUGGAGGAGCUGGGCAUCAACGCGCCAUCCAAGCAGAUCACUAAGGACCAGGUCUCGUAUGCUCUCAACCACAUCAACCGAAAACUAACCAUGGAACCAAAAGUCACCAUCAAUGCCAGGAUCGUGGUAGUGGGGGCAUCAGACACUGGCUUAGCAUUUCUGGAGGUGCUUGCUUUCUGCCCACACCUGAGGUUCAAUAACAUGACUCUGAUCUCCACGCAUGGCUUCCCAGGCUACUACACCAAUGAAAAGAUGAGAUUCUUGUCCACGAGUCAUAGCUCCAGCGACAGGGACCAUGCCCAGAUGUCUCUACGUUCCUGGAUCAACGUGGUGACAGGCAAGAUGGUGGGCAUCGACAGGGCAGCCAAGCAUGUACUGGUGUCUGGGGGCAGGAAAGUGCCUUAUGAUCAUCUCAUCCUCUGUACAGGCCAGCAGUACCAGGUUCCCUGUCCCACUGGUGUGGAUGGCAGUCUUCUUCCACCCAAAAGCCAGCUCCCAGCCCAGCCCCGCCGUAGAUACACCGGGCCCGUCCCAUCCAACCUCUUCACCCUCAACGACCACCACGACUGUGUGACCGCUUACCAGUGGCUGCUCAACAACUUUGUGGAGCUGAAGGGUAAUGCCAUAGUGUACGGCAACACCAUUGACGUGUACACCUGUGUGGAGACUCUGUUAUGCCUGGAUGUCCAAGGCUAUCGCAUCCACCUGGUCCAUCUGCCCACCACGGAGGGCUCCAGCUGCAGCCCCAGCUCGUGCUUCAGCAACCCCACAGUGGAGAAGGCCAUGAAGAAGGCCUUGGAGAAGAGUGGGGUCCAUGUUCACCACAACUGCUUGCUGGCCCAGAUGAAUGACGGACAGAACCCUGAGCCAAUCACCUCCUUGUCCUUCACCAGUGACAGUCAGCCUCUCCGGCUGGAGUGCUCUGUGUUUAUGAACCUCUCCUCCAAAGGUGUGGACUACGAUGCCUUUAAGACCAUCAACGACGCCUGUCUGGUGUACGACGGCCGACUGGUCAUAGACACCACAUUCCAUACGAACGACUCCACCAUCCGCGCAGCCGGGCCCCUCACCAAGUUUGCCCGGCGCUAUCAUGCAGACCAGUGGUCCCACUCCAGCUUCAACUCUAGGGAGGUGGGCCAGGAGCUGGCUGCUGCUCUGCUGCCCUUCUUCGACCCCACGCUGGAGCCGGCCGUCAACUCUCUAGCCGACCUGGACCGCCUCAUCCCCAUCUACACACAAGCCAAGAUCCAAGGUGGUAGACUGCCAGGAGGAUACAGUUAUCUCCAUGCUACCAAACCAGAGCAAAGGCCAUCUGCAGUUCACCCUGUAGAGGGAAGAGAGAUCCUGACUGGCCGCAUUGAGACUGGCAACUACUUCCACCUGCACCUGAACCAGUACGACAUGGUGGAGACAAUCACCUGUCUGUCACUGAAGCCCUUCCCAGUCUCCAACUACCUGUGUCUCUAUGGGAAACAUGAGCUGCUUCUCAACCGCCUGUGUUCCCGUUAUGAUGAAGGGCUGGUUCACGACCUCUACAUUUAUUUCAGGGAGAAAUGGUGCCUGGCGAUAUAUCAUGAUCGCUUUGCAGACUUUGAGCAGGAAAUGCACCAGAUAAUGGAAUCAACUAAAGUGCAGGACCACAAUGAUGUGUCCAUUUCAGAGCUCGUUCAGAGAAUGGUAGAUGAGAAGCUGGACAUUAUUGAGGAACCGAACGUGUUUCUCAAGAAGGUGUUUGAAACAAGUGGGGGAUUGGCUUCCUUGAAGACCAGCACUCUGAAUUACCUGAGGUACAACAGGUACCACCUGACUAUGUAUGCCCAGCCUGGACUACUGUAACUGCUCCUACAUCUUAUCUUACCUCAACCCACAUUUUAAAUGACAUAUUCAUCACAUAGAAAUAUUCCAUCGUUUUUAUUUAAUUAAAACGUUGUAGAAUCAUCCAACUGUAGUAAAAACAUUGACAUUCAAUUGAGUUAAUUUGAACAGAAAAUACAGUAGCCAAUGUUUUUAAUAAAUGUACUUGUGAUUUUAGAUAGACAAGAAUAUUAGGUUAUGUACACACUUUUAGCAUGAACAAGAACACUAACUGUAGUUGUCUUAAUUUUAUGAGAAGUUAAGGUUGACUGAUUUGAGAAAACAGAGAAAACAAAACAAUCCUCAUUAAGUGCUAUAAUAAAGUCACAACGAAUUGUCAAAUUCA